AUUCAUCAAGGCUGUGAAGAAAUAAAAAUUCCUUAAUUAUUCGACAUCUGCACUUCUAUUUACGCUUGGUUCAUCGCUGUAUUCACGAUCAUGCAAUCGAGAGUUUGGCCAUUGCGAUUUCUCUUCCUCAUUACUUUCUUGGUAUCGAGGGCGAAGUGUCACGAGCUUGAUCCAGAUAAUAAUAGUACAAGAAACUUUUUGAAUAUCUUCAAAAGUAAAACGAAAGCUCCUCCUGGGCCAUGCUAUUGCAGCUGUGGACUUCGCAAUGAAGACAGUCGUAUAGUUGGUGGGCAGACUACACUGAUUAAUGAAUUUCCAUGGCAAGUGAGAUUGUCUUACAUGAACAGGUUCUACUGUGGCGGGACUCUCAUUAACGAUCGUUACGUUUUAACUGCUGCACAUUGUGUCAAAGGGUUUAUGUGGUUUAUGAUAAAAGUUACGUUCGGCGAGCAUGACCGAUGCACACAAAAAUCAACGAUUGAAUCAAGAUUUGUUGCGAGAGCUUUUAUUGGGAACUUUAGUUUUUUAAAUUUCGAUGACGACAUAGCCCUGCUUAGGCUGAGUGAAAGAAUUACAUUAUCGGAAACUAUAAGGCCAGUCUGUCUACCUUCGAACAAAGAUAAUCUAUACGUAGGAGCGAAUGCUCUUGCUUCCGGAUGGGGAACUUUGCACGAGGAUGGCAAACCAUCCUGUCUUUUGCAAUCAGUCGAUGUACCUGUGAUGAGCCUUGAAGACUGUCGCAACACCAGUUACAAUUCUCGUAUGAUAUCCGAAAAUAUGUUAUGCGCUGGAUAUCCCGAAGGGAAAAAAGAUUCUUGUCAGGGAGAUAGUGGUGGUCCACUUGUCACCGAGAGAGAGGAUAAAAAAUACGAGUUAAUCGGCAUUGUAUCUUGGGGAAAUGGAUGUGCCCGGCCAGGUUAUCCCGGUGUUUACACACGAGUCACUCGUUAUCUCAAAUGGAUUAUGAACAAUUCCAAAGACGGAUGCUUUUGUGAACAUUCUUGAUUUCAAAUUUAUUUAUGAUAUUGCAUUUAUAUACUCCCUCCUGGUGUUCAUUUGAAAAAUGAAAA